CAGCACAGCUUAGCGAUCAGCAGGCGUGUCCAUGCGUUUGUUUUUUGUUUACAAUGCUUUUCCGGAGGCGCUGCCUUUUUACCGCCCUGCGACUGGCGCGGAGGAAUCUCACCACGGAAAGAAAGCAUGAGCACAUUGUGCUGCAUCCGGAGGUGCGACAGGCGCUGCACCAGCGUCAGCCGUUGGUGGCCCUGGAAUCCACGAUCAUCACACACGGAAUGCCGAUGCCGGAGAACGUGACCACCGCUUUGGCCGUAGAGGAGGUGGUUCGAAGCCAUGGGGCCAUACCUGCUACCAUUGCGAUUCUGGAUGGAAAGAUAAAAGUCGGUCUCACGAAAGAAGAGCUCUGCCUGCUCGCCCAGACACCGCGGGACCGUGUCAUCAAGUGCUCUCGAAGGGAUCUGCCCCUCGUUGUUUCCCGAAAAAUGAGCGGCGGUACUACAGUCGCGGGUACGAUGAUCAUUGCCCACCAAGUUGGAAUCGAAUUGUUUGCCACAGGAGGUAUCGGCGGGGUUCACCGAGAGGGCCAUGUUUCUUUGGACGUCUCCGCUGACUUGACAGAACUCGGUCGCACCCCAGUGGCUGUAGUCUGCAGUGGCGUCAAGUCCAUCUUGGACAUACCUCGCACUCUGGAGUACCUGGAAACGCAGGGAGUGUGUGUGACGACACUAGGAAGUCCUGGCGGUGUUUUUCCUGACUUCUACACUCGGGAUAGUGGCUGCAAGGUGCAAUAUGACAUGGCCGAUCCUCAGGAGGCAGCGGAACUGCUUCGCUCUUGGAAGGAACUGAACUUACAAUCAGGGGUCCUGAUUGGAGUGCCUCUGCCCGAAGAGUUUGCGGCCGAUAAGGAAAAAAUUGAGGAAGCCAUCCAGGAGGCCACCGCCGAUGCCAAAGCUAAGGGUAUUUUCGGCAAGGAAGUGACUCCCUUUCUGCUAUCUGCCAUCGCCGAGAUCACUAAGGGGAGCAGCCUUAAGUCUAACAUUGCGCUGAUCAAAAAUAAUGCCAAGGUGGCGGCUGAGAUUGCAGUUGCGCGCCAAAAAGGUCCCGGCAUGGUUCCGGUUGAAGGAGGUGGUGUUAACAAAAACACCACUAAGCCUCUGGUCGUGGGAGCUUCCAUUCUCGAUCUAUCAUUCAAAGUAAAUGACCAGAGCCGCGAUAUGAAGUUGGAUGGAUCAACUUACUCCGCAAUAGCGAAACAAGCCGCCGGAGGAGUAGGACGCAACAUUGCCGAAGGCAUUUACAAGCUGCAUGGUGAUGUAAACUUCAUCUCCACCGUGGGAAACGAUCAGAUGGGCUACUCUCUGCUUAAAAUGAUGCACCCGGCGCUGCAGCGCGGCGUCUCGGUGCAGGAAAACCAAGCAACGUCGUUGUGCUCCGUUAUGUUCGACAAUCUUGGCGACUGCAAGAUCAUUCUCGGAAACAUGGAGAUCCAUGAAACGAUCACGCCAGAAACAAUCCAUGCGCACCAAAAAUUCUUCGGUCAAGCCCCCAUAAUCAUCAUGGACAGCAAUAUCUCCGAGCAAACGAUGGCGAGCAUCUUACAGCAGGCCGAAGAACACAAAAUUCCCGUCUUCUUUGAGCCCACCGAUAUGUUCAUAGCGGGCAAGCCAUUUAAACUGCCUCCGGAGCUGAGAAAGAACAUCCGCCUCAUCAAGCCGAACAUCAACGAACUGAAAACCAUUGCCGAGGUCAUAACGGGCGAGACUGUCGAGUGGAAGCCUGAUUCCAAACUCCCCCGAGAACAGCUUCUUCAGCACGCGACGUCAUUGAUCAAGAUGAUCGACUGCCACUUCAACUGCAUCAUUGCCACGUUGGGAAACCACGGCGUACUACUCAGCUACCGGCAGGAUGCUGAUUCCGAUGCCAAUCUGCUGUUGGAUCUGGAGAAACGAGGGUCACCUCACUGCACACGAUUCUAUGCUGCUCCGCAGGUCGAAAACAUUGUUAAUGUCUCGGGAGCAGGCGACAGCUUCUGCGCGGGCUUCAUCAGCACCCUGUUGCAGGGCCGUGACUUGGACCACUGUGUGGCGGCCGGCUUUGUAGCCGCCGAGCGAGCACUCCAAUCCGAAUCGGCGGUGCCGAGCAACUACUUUCCCAACCCAGAAGCUUUCGAGAGACGCUACACGCAGGCGGUUCAGAGUCUGAAGCAGUACAGCAUUUAGAUUUUAUACAAUUGUCGACUACUCAGGUUCUUUGCUUUAUUCCGUGAUUUUUUAAUAAACAGUAGAAGAUUGUUUCCUCGUCUAGUAGGCCCAUCUGAAAGAAAUUUAAAAAUAUUUUAUUGUCUUAAGUACCUUAGAUGCCUUUCACGAAAUGAUUCAACCACAAUUGUACAAAUAAACUUGUAAACUAAAGCCGA